CAAAUUCAUCACAAAUCCAUGAUAAAAAAUCAACUAAACAAACAAUGUACUCUUCCAAAUCCAUGAUGCAACAAAUCCAUCAUAAAUCCAAAGGUUUUUAAAACUCAAAACCUUCAUUUUCAAAUCCAACAAGCAAACCAGCUUUCCUCUCUCUCUAUAUAUAAACCAAAUCCCACAACCACAAUCCAAACCAGAAAUCACUUCACUUCCAACAAAUCUCUUCCUCUUCCUCUGAAAAAAAAUGGAAACCUCUCAGCAGCAGCCGCUCUCGAUCGAGAGCUUCUCCUACAGCUGGCUCGCCGCCGCCAGCCUCAAACCCUCUCUCGAAACCCUACUGGACGCCGCCGCCGACGAGUACUCGGCCGCCUCCAGCUACAUCGAGAUGGACCCACGCAUGCCGCCGUCCAAGCGGUUCUUCCGCAGCUACUCCUCCUCCUCCGGCCACGACUUUAACUUCCCCGACCACUCUCCGCCGCCGAUGAACCACGCCGACGAGCUCUUCGCCGACGGCUACGUCGUGCCUUUCUUCCUCCGCAAGGCGGCGGCGUCGUCGUCGUCGUCGUCGAAUUCGGUCGGUUCCAGCCCGGUCUCGACCGUCGAGGACGGGCCGGUUCGGUCGGGUGGGGAAAAAACGCGGCGGUGCUCGUCGUUUAGGCGGGUUGUGGAGAAGUACUUGGAGCUUGUUGGGCCGCUGUUGGGCCGUUUAUCGGGCCGACGCGGUGGUGGUGGGCCCAGGAACCGGAGGUCGUUGAGCUCGAAGGGAGUAAUUAUUAGCAGUAACAUUAACAAGUUAGCGAUGAAGAGGUGGUUGUCGUCCGGCAAGGCGUCGCCACGUGUCAGCGCGGCGUAUUCGGAUGAAGGGUGGCGGAGGUCGGCUUCGUCGUCGUCGUCCGGUGAUUCCGAGAGCUCGAUUCGAGAGGCCGUCCUCCAUUGUAAAAGAUCAUUCGGGAAAUGAUGGGAUUGUUUUUGGAGAUGAAUCAAGUAUGGGAAAUUGGAAGAGGAGGAGAGAAAGGAACAAAUAAUGAUAUUGUCCAUAUUAUUAUAGAUGAAAAUCACAUGGGGAUAGGCUGGGAAUGAGAGGGAUAUAUCUCCACUUGUUUCUUUGUUCUUCUUCUUUCUCUGUUGGUGCCCAGCUGGUGGUAGGAGGGGAUAUGAGAGGUGUAAAUUUGUUGAUAGGAAAGGAAAGCUAGCCACAUGGUUUUUUUGUAAUGGUGAGGAAAAAGUGGAAAUUUUAUAGUUAAUUAGAAUUAUGGAGGAAUUAUAUAUAAAAAAUAUAUAUUUUGUUCUUUCUUUUGCCUUGUAGACCAUCUUAUUGUAUAAGUUUUGGGUUAUACUUAGAUGUUAAUUCUUACAUAUAAAUUCAUAAUCGUGGAUAUUUUUCUGAUUCGUCUGUUUGCGUA